CUACGCCCAGCACUGCCAGAAACAGUAUCAGUCAGCGGGCUCAGUAUCAGUAUCAUCUCAGCAACCGAUGGGCACACCAACCAGCCAGAAGCGCACUCAUCAGGCGGGACGAAUGGCCGCCAAGGAGAAUUGCCCGGCACGCUUGGGACAGCGCUCAGCAAGAACUACCCGGCACCGCAGCCACCGCUGCCAGCGCGCAGGCAGGUGGCCACCAAUGAUCUCACCAACGGAGGUGGAGGAGCCGGAAAGGCCACUCCUCUGGCCCAGCGUCGCCAGCUGCCGCCCACGCCCAAGCUGAGCCUCAAGCAGCGCAACAAUGGGUGCACCCACAACGGAGAGGGAGCAGGCUCCUCGACGGGCUCCAGUGAUUCCCAUGACUCUCCGCGCCUCAAGAAGGCCUUCUCGAAUAAGUUCCCCCAAGGGUUGCCCUUCGAGGAGGAGUUCUACGGACGCAAUCGCUCCUACUCGCAGUCCUCGAGCAACUACAGUUUCUACAGUUCCGUGGGCGCGCCCACCACUCCCCACGAUGAAGAUGAUGACGGCGAUCUGGAUGACAAGGUCCACCGUGAUGAGGAUGAUGAGUUCCAGCGCAAGCCGUCCACCGAUGAGUCGCUCUAUGUGGACUUUUCGAAACUAGUGCAGACCCACCAGCAGCGGCAGUAUGUGCGGCCAGCUCCUGGAUACGAGCGUCUCCAGAUGAGUGCGAACUGCUCCGGAGCAAGCCAACUAGUCAGCUGACACCAGCCCAGCAGCGGAGGAAGAACAGCAAGUAUGCGCGAUCGAUGCAUGAGUAUCUGUACAGCGAUGAGCCUGGCCAGACGAGGAUCAAGCACCGAUUGUCCGUGGUAGAUGAA